GCGCGCCCAAGUGGCUCACGGUCGGCCAGGGGCAGUGCGCGGACUCGUUGGGCAAGCGAAUGGCCGCGUUGCAGCGCGAUGUGGAAGACGAGUUCGCGUGUCAGGGGUUGUGCGGCGGGGACGUCUCGUGCAAGGGGUACAAUUACGUGUUCGAGUCCUCCAGCUGUACGAUGUAUUCCUCGAUCAGGACAGUCGCGCCCACCGGAGGCAUCGCGUUCGGGUUUGCGGCGGUAGAAGAGUCUUAUUGGGUUUCGUUAUGCUGUAUGGUUCUUGCUUCAAUCUUGGUGCGUAGUUCUCGGUUUCGCGUGAAGUAGAUCCUUUUUGCUUAUGUCAUCGCACAGAGUUAUCAGAGAUUUGCUCAAGAGCAUGACACGGCCAACAACAUCAACACAGGCCGACAUUCCGCCCUCGCUGGAAAUCAGCCACGUUCUGACCCCGCUUCCCGGCGAGGCGGGCAGCGUGUGCAAAAAGAAGGACCACAAGGGAGACCCGGCCGCAGCAGGAAGCCUCUGGCGGGAGUUCUUCGACUUCAUGCAAGGUCCGGGGAUCAUUCUGCUCACGGCUUUAAGUCUCCUCGGCUACUUUUGGGUAUCCGUGAAGGAGGCAAGUUUGGCAUUCAAGCACAGUGCCGCCAAGGUGCUGUCGCCGGCCGGCCGGAAGGCGGCAGCUGCGCGCAUGCAGGAAAGGAUGCAGCGGCAAUCGCGAAAGUUCGAAGAAAUGGUAGAAAACUCCCCGACCCUUCGCACGGUUCGCGACAAGACGCUGCUGACCUUGUCACCAAAAAAUGGUGUGCGUGGUAGUCCGAAAAAAAAGAGCCCGAAAAAGAAAAAGAAGAAGCAGGACCAGCACGGUAGAGGUAUUAGGAAAAGAAAGAGCCGACUAUACAAGGUAGAUCCGGAAGAGGGAGUCGGAAUAGAAGAUGAACAACACCGACAAGAAGAAGAAGAUUUUGAAACAACUACACAACAUCAAGCCGACAGGCAGGUGUCAGACAUUCUCCAAAAGAAGAGAGAGACCGCAGAGCAAAAGAGAAAAAAGCAGCCGCAAUCUCGGGCGAGCACAUUGCGGUUUGAAUCAGAAGCGGAGGUGGCGGAAUACGAUUACGAGGACGGUUCGUCCGAAGGCGAAGAAACCGAUUCAUCAUCGGACGCCGAUGCAAAUCUCGACGGCAUCGAGUCGCUUGAAGAUGCAGAGGGCGUUGGGCAGAGAAAAUCCUUCUACAAGAAGGCCGUGACGAGGUUGUCGUCGAUGUUUCAGUGGAGUUGGCGCACGACACGGCUCAGCUUUCAAGAGAGUACGACAAGUAGCUUCUUUCUCCGCCGGAAUAACAACCGGGAGAAAGGCCCGUCGGAUCAUGAGGAGAAAGAGGAUACCAGUGUGGAAGUGGUUACAACUGGAAGCAAGGCAGAACAAGAAGGCUCAGCAUCCGAGCUGCAACAUCAAGCUGAUGAUAGCAAAGCCGUACCGGCGGGGCGGCAAUCGAAGUCCUCCAUGCACCGACCGUCCGAAAAAUCACAGUCGGGCAGGGUAUCGCGCAGCGGAAGAAGUAGGAGCAAUGCUGAUGAAGAGCUUGACAAGAACGCAACAACAAACCGCAAGUCGAGGAAAUCUGAGCAGCAAGGGAACGACCAAGCGCAAGCACCAUCUGAAGGACCAGAACCUCUGCGACAGGAAGAUGUAGUGCGGCAUCACGAAAAUAAGAUGAAAAUCGAGGAUUUUGACGACGAUCUCGACAAGGGCGGACGAGGAACUGGCAGUCCUGUAAAAAGGACGAUCAUCGAAGAAAGUUGAAGCGGCUAGUAAAUUAAGUUUGGGAAGGAAGUAGUAAUUAUCGUCACACGUGUCUAGUAGUUGCUGUGCACCACGCGCAGUCAUUGCAAAAAUGUUCUGCUGCUGGUUUUUAAUAUUUAAAUCGUACUAAUUGUAGUAGAGUAAAAAAAGUGACAGUGACUGCUUAUAGGGUAGAACAUGCGCUGCAAGCGCAUGCAGAACAUGAAUGCGAAGUUUCGAUAUGAGGUUGCUUCGAGUAGCAACGAACUGCAAAGGUAUUUGGAACUACAACAUGCCACCGGCCUCCUGCUGGCAAGGUUUUUUUUGGCAUAAGGGUCGUGUGAGUGCUACUUUGGAAUCUCAAAAACGAUUGCUGAGAAUCUUCAAUUUUCCAGGACGGCGCAG